AUGAAAGCAGGGAAUGAGACACAAAUUUCACAAUUCCUUCUUCUGGGACUUUCAGAGGAACCAGAAUUGCAGCCCUUCCUCUUUGGACUGUUCCUGUCCAUGUACCUGGUCACCGUGCUUGGGAACCUGCUCAUCAUCCUGGUCACAAUCUCAGACUGUCACCUCCACACCCCCAUGUACUUCUUCCUCUCCAACUUGUCCUUCAUAGACAUCUGUUUUGUGUCUACCACUGUCCCGAAGAUGCUGGUGAACAUCCAGACACAGAGCAGAGUCAUCACCUAUGCAGGCUGCAUCACCCAGAUGUGCUUUUUCAUAUUCUUUGCGGGACUGGAUAUCUUUAUGCUGACCGUGAUGGCCUUUGACCGGUUUGUGGCCAUCUGUCACCCCCUGCACUACACGGUCACCAUGAACCCCAGGCUCUGUGGGCUGCUGGUUCUGGCGUCCUGGAUCAUGAGUGCCCUGAAUUCCUCGUUACAAAGCUUAAUAGUGCUGCGGCUUUCCUUCUGCACAGACUUGGAAAUUCCCCACUUUUUCUGUGAACUUAAUCAGGUGGUCCACCUUGCCUGUUCUGACACCUUUCUUAAUGACAUGGUGAUGUAUUUGGCAUCUGCGCUGUUGGGCGGUGGUCCCCUCUCUGGGAUCCUUUAUUCUUAUUCUAAGAUCGUUUCCUCCAUACGUGGAAUCUCAUCAGCUCAGGGGAAGUACAAGGCAUUUUCCACCUGUGCAUCUCACCUCUCAGUUGUCUCCUUAUUUUAUGGUACGCUCCUAGGAGUGUACUUUAGUUCUGCUGCAACCCACAACUCACACUCAAGUGCUGCAGCCUCGAUGAUGUACACCGUGGUUACCCCCAUGCUGAACCCCUUCAUCUACAGUCUGAGAAAUAAGGACAUAAAGAGAGCUCUGGUGAGAUUCCUCUGGAGGAAAACUCUAAAAGGAUCAAUUUUCCUUCAGCUAAAGAAUGCAACAGCCUCAGUGAUGUACAUGGUGGUCACCCCCAUGCUGAACCCCUUCAUCUAUAGCCUGAGGAAUAAGGACAUAAAGAGGGCUCUGAAGAAUUCUUUGGGAGGGAAACUAGAAAAGGGCCAGUUGUCCUGGGGCUGA